CAAGUCUUGUAAAUUUCGAAGAAGAGAUAACAAUUGAUACACACGUCACCACAACAGUUUAUUGCAAAGUUUACAGUGUGAUGAUCGAAAUAAAAACAAUAAAAUAUAUACAUAUAAUAUGAAAUGUUAAACGACCACAAUCAAAGAAAGAUGAUUUUGAGUGCGUGUGCGUUUGCUUAAUACUGCUCAAAGCCUAAAUAAAAAAGCAGGAAGCAAAGUAUAUUAUUGCGAUAUUAAAAACUACGCUCAUGUGAAACAAAGUUUACUCGUAUUCACUCUACACACAAACAACAUGAUUAGGUAGCACUGUUGCACGAUGCGUGCUCAUGCCGUGUGCCUUGUGCCUUGUGCCGAUCUGUAUUUGUUUCUGGCUAACUUUGGCAUAAUUCAGUAAAAUACGCGAGGUGAAUUUGACACGGCCUUUGCUUACUCGCAACAGUUUCCUUGGUGACUGCCCCGCUGGUUUGGAAGAAUCCCAGCUGAAUAUAAAUAAACGGUUCAAGUGAACAGGAAAAAAAAUCGCAUAUUGACUUUUGAAAGUGCAUACGAAAUUUGAAGAAACAAAAAGAAAACAACUGCUAUCCGAGUUAAAAAGUCAACUCUAUUCUAAAGACAAUUUGAAUAAACUAAACGAAAUCUGGCUUUGCGUAGUGAAUCCGAAGUGAAACGGCGUAAAACCAAAAAGAACAAAUAUCAAGACGAAAUUCAAAAACUGUGAUUCAACUUAGAUACCUAAUUAUCAAUCAUACACAAAACUGUUUUAUAGACGGAUACGUGUGUGUGCGGACCUUUAAAAAAAAAAAAGAAAUAAGAAGAAAAGACUCGCAGUUCUGUUUAACGAAAACUCAUAGUUAAACCCAACAAGCAAACAAAAACUUGUCAAUUUUAUUUAUCGCGAUAUAGAUAUAGUUGAGUCAAACUUGUUUUGAGCUUAGCUAUUGUGUGCAUCCAUUGAACUGAUUAAGAAAAUUUAUCAACGUAAACCGAAAACACAAUCCAAAACCUAGACAAAAUGGAGCGCGAAUCAAAUCCAAUGCAACCAAUGUGCCGUUCUGGAUGCGGUUUCUAUGGUAAUCCAGCUCAAGACGGUCUAUGUUCUGUAUGCUACAAAGACUCACUUAGAAAGAAACAGCAACCUCCCGUUAGUAGUACACCUGUAGCAGUUUCAAGUUCGCAACAGCAAACACAAAACUUCAGUUCACCUGCAUCGGUCACUCACACAGCACAGCCAACAGUACAGACUUUGCAGCAACCCCACAUUGAAACCAACAAAGAAAAACUACCUGAAGCCAGCGCAAGCGCAACUAGUGAAAUAGCCGGAACUUCCAUUAGUGAUGAUCAAGACGACAAAGAUGGUGACAAGGAUUCAAAGAAAAAGAAAAACCGUUGUGGCAUUUGCCGCAAGAAGGUUGGAUUAACAGGUUUUCAAUGUCGAUGCGGUGGUCUCUAUUGCUCCGUACAUAGAUACAGCGAUGAACACAAAUGUUCGUACGACUAUCGAGAACAUGGUGCCCAAGAAAUUAGACGCAAUAAUCCCGUGGUUGUCGGAGAAAAAAUUCAAAAGAUUUGAACUCUUGUGCCAUCUAAUUAAUAAUUUUUAUAACAUAUAUUAUUAAUAAUAAAUCUAAAACACACAAAAAAAAAUUCGAAAAAAAAACAAAACAAAACAGAACAUUUAACUAUGCAGAAGAGGUAAAGAGAAAUGUAAAAAAAAAUUGAAAAAAUUAUUUGCAACAAAAAUGUUAUUUUAAAUACAGUUGAAGAAAACAAAUUAAAGAAAAGAAAAGCAAGCAAAAAUUUUCAACAAAAACACUAAAAAAAAACCAAUCAACACUUGAACACUCUGUACACAAAAAGAACUAUCGAAAUGAAACAACAAACAAAAAAGGUUUAAGCUAAAUGCGAGAAAUGCAGAAGAGGGAUUUUUUAAGCAAAAAAAGAAGUUCACACACAAACAAACACCUAUGCAGUCGCGAUUAGAGAAGAGUAACAAUUUCAACAAGGAUUGCAAAAAUCUGAAUAUAAAAAAACACUAAAAGUAAAUUAGAAUAGAGAUUGAAGAUGAUUAUGAUUGAUAUAAAUGUAUGCAUAUAUAAAACAAAAGAUAAGACGGGAGAACAAAGAAGAAGAAAAUACAAGAAAUGAAACAAAUAAUUAUAAUUUAUCAACAUCUCAAAAAAUGUGUUACGAAUGUUCAAUGAAGGCUUACGUUUGGCUUAAAGAAAUACCGUACUUUCGUUGUUCACUAAAUACACACAAUCCUUCAGUAAACAGCACACAAAACCUCACCGAAUUUCCACUUCCACAGCCCAAUCAUAUUUGUCCAUGAUUGAAAGUAGGUGAUCAAUGUGCUUAUCGUUCGACAAAAUUACGGAAUUUCUUCAAUUUAUGUAUUCGACCACUUUACCGUACGUAGUUUUAAUUAUAUUAUACAUGAGAAUAAUAUUAAUAAUAACUAUUAUGUAUUAAUGGAGAAAACACAAUACACGGAAAACGACAUCCGGAGCUAAGAAAAACAACCAAACAAACAAUUUGAAAUUAUGAAGAGAAUCGCUAACACGAAAUCACACAUUUAAGAGAAUAAUUAUGAAAGAAAAGCAGCAGAAAAACGGAAAGAAACAUCUUCUUAUUGUAGGAAAUAAAAAUUGGUUUAGAUACAUACACACACACACACACACACACACAACAACCAAAAAUCCACUAAAGAAAUUUGUCGAAUAGAAUUUCAAUUCAGGAGAAUAGAAAAGCAUUGAACAUUAUACAAUUCACCGACAUAUUUAAUUUCAGACACAAAAACACAACAUACCUGAAUCAUAAACUGACACCGUAAAAAAGAAAACAAUACAGUAACACUUACUUUCUCUUUCUUUCUUUCUUUCUUUCUUUCUUUCUCUCUCUCUCUCCCACUCUCUCUCUCUCUCUCUCUCUCUCUCUCUAUCGCUCACAACUGCAUUGCGUGCACUUGAACACGGUUUUGCAGUGUCAUUGUCGUUGAACCGAUGGUUGAAUCUAAAUUCUCAAAAACUCUUUCUCUGUAUUGAUGCUGUUCGUUCGAAUGAAGUCCGUGUCUUUUGAAAAUAAAAUAAAAACAAGAAGGUCGUUACCAAGUUUAUCUCUCCUCGUUCCAGUUGAAGAAUAGUUCGUUUUUCGAAGAAAAAAAAAAUUCCUGCAAAUCGCAAUUAAUCAGGUAUAUGUACAUAGAAUCCUAGUCUGACACGCAAUUUCUUUCAUUGUGCGUACGCGCGCACACGUCCGCGCACUAAAAAUCGCGUUUGCUUUGUAUGGGUAUCAAAAAAAAAAAUAUUGCAUUGGAAAUUCUAAAUUUAAAUGGACUAAGCACUAAACACAGACACCGACAAAUAAUCAAGUAACAUCACGAUUAACGAAAUUUCAUCUGAGGCAAAGAAAGAAACGCACAGAAAUCACUAACGUUUCCAUACCAAAGUGGCUGAAGAAUAAAACUAACAAAUAAAAUAGAUAGUUCGAAUGAACUAUUCAUUGUUAACACAAAAAGAAAACAAAAACGAUUUACGAAUUAAAGAGAUAUUUUUUUUUGUCCGAACAAAAGAUUUUAUUUGCCGCAAAAAUUACAAAAAUUCAGAUUUAAAUUGAAAAAUUACUACGGAGUACAGAAAGACAUCAAAUACCUACAUUAUAAAUAUUAUGAUAAACGACUAGAUUUAUAUGAUAAGGAGGAAUCAAUGCCAUAAUUAUCGUUGUUACAUGCGAGACGCAAUAGCCGGCAAAUGUGAAUAUUCCUGGUAUCUACUGUCACUACCGGUUCGAGCCAAACCAAACCACAUCCGUCGCUAUUUUGUCCCGCAUCGCAGCAACGUUAAGGAGGAAACAUAUAAGAGAGAGUAAUUCCUAUAUUAGUUUUAAAAUGUAAGAAACUUUGCGGAUUUAACCAUUCAAUUUCAAUUUAAUCAUUUCUAUUAUGUUCUUUUUGUUGUGCAUCUCUUCGAAUAUUUGCGUUCAAUUUUUCUCCAUGUAUUUUUUUUUUUACUAAAAUUAGGGGUUUCACAUUUUUUGUGCUUUUUUCCUAUUUUAAUUGAAUUUGCGUUCGAAUCAAGUGUUUUAGGUUCAAAAUAUAUUUUUGACACAGAACAGUAACAAUAACUGAAACAACAACACAUCCAAACAAAGAAAGAACUAAUUGGUCUUUAUUAGAGAGUAUUUUCGAUUGCUUUUCAAAUUCACUAAAAUUUAGUUUUGAUAGACGCACAUUGACGCGUGAACACAAUACACGUUCUAAGAUUUAAUAUGUAAACAAUAACAACAACAACAACAACAACCAGAACAACAACUACAACAACAAACUUUGCAAUAUUUAAUUUAAAAAAAAAAAACGUUGUAUUUUCUUUUCCUUUUUUCUGUUUUUGUAUUGUGACAAGAAUUCGAUAGCUAAAAUGAGAAGAAAAUGGAAUCAAUUUCAUUGUAAUUGUCUUUUGCAAUUAAUAUCCAAAACACGUAUGUAUCUUUGUUACUAGUUAUAAAAAUCAUCACACACGGGGCAGUGAGGCAACAAAUUAAACGAAGAAUAUUAAUAAAAAAAAAAUCAAAAUAAACCAA